AUGGAGGAGGACUGGAGGAGGCAGAGAGUUGGAGAAGAGAUAGUACGUACUAACACGAAGAAGUCGUCAGGGAGGAAGAAGCUGAUGCAUAAGCUGAUGAAGAUCUUACACGGUAAAGAUCAUCAAGAAGAGCGGAAGGAGAGAGGUGGUUCGUCCGAACCGAGCAGCUCAAACACAGGUGCUCAUUCUGUAGAGAAACCAGCACCGAUAGUGCUUAGCACUAGCCCAAGACCGUAA